CCCCUCUCGUGAUUGCUGUUUACUGGGUCGGGUUCUGGGAAAGGACCAGAUUGCAUCAGACAGGGCCUGAGGAGGACACGUGGCCUUUAUAAGUUGGGGCCAGUGAAGAGGGAGGUGUCGGGGAAACCAGACACAAACAAAGCUUUUGAAGACGACAGAGAGACAGACGGCAAGGGAGAGUCAGAUAUAAUGUCCACCUUCCCGGGAGCAGCCAGCCGGGCUCAGCAGCCCCCAGGCCCAGAGGACGAAGACCCCAGCCUGGAUGAGUAUGACCUCUAUAGCCUGGCUCAUUCCUGCCUGGACCCCCUGCCUCUCCUUGGAUGUCUCAUGCCUCCGCCAACCUCACCUCAGCCUCUUGCCUGGUUCCCAGGAGUGGGAGGCCGGAAAGGUCGCACCAAGAGAGAAGCUGCUGCCAACACCAACCGCCCCAGCCCUGGUGGCCAUGAGAGGAAGCUGGUGACUAAGCUCCAGAACACGGAGCGGAAAAAGCGGGGGGCACGGUCCUGAGACGGAGCUGGAAAUGAGGCCAGAGCACGGACACCACACAGCGACGAAGACAGGACCACGGAUCGGCACCUGGAGGCAGGAUCCAGACCUGCUUGCCCCCCACCCCACCCCCAGGACUUACCCUACCUGACCGAGGCUCCGAGGGGCCACCAAGGAAGUGACUCCAGCCCCAGAAAAAGGACAAGAUAGGGAGCAAGAGGCAGGGAAUAAAUGGAGAGGCAGAGUCGCAAAAGGUACCCCCUAAAAAGAAAGACACUGAAGAAAUUGGCUCUCCCGGAGUGUGGGAAGGAAGGACAAUAAACAAAGUACAUCUGCA